AUAUAAUCUGGGCGCUUUUAUGGAUCGGUGUGAAAAGCGAACUUUACACCGGGAAAGCUUCCAGUUACGUGAAUUUCCUCCUCCUGGAAAACCCUCCCCCAAGUGGCAUUCGUGCGAGCGAAAAGGACAACUUUAAAAGACCCCAUCUCCUACGUUCGUACAGGUACAAGUUUCAUUCAGUUGUUCUGAGUUUCUAUUGGAGUGAAGACGGUGGUGGUUUUUGUGUAGAGAGAAUAGGCAACAUGAUGAAGUCAGUCGCCGCCCUACUAGCCUUUUUGGUAGUCACCCAGAAAGUCAACGCAUGGGGUGGACUAUUUAACAGAUUUUCUCCCGAAAUGCUGGCCAAUAUGGGCUACGGGGGACAUGGCGGAGGGAUAAGAGAUGGAGGAGACGACAAUUUCUUAGAAGAAUACGUUAACGAAGCCGACGAGGAGCCCUGUUACGGAAAAAGGUGCACUGCGAACGAACACUGUUGUCCUGGGUCAAUUUGCGUUGAUGUUGACGGAGUUAUCGGAUCCUGCCUCUUCGCCUACGGCAGACGAGUGGGCGAACUGUGCCGCAGAGACUCGGACUGCGAAUCGGGUCUCGUUUGUGCCGAAUCCGAUUCAGGACCAAACGCGCGAGUUUGCAGACCGCCAGUACACCAGGACAAACAAUAUUCGGAAACUUGCCACAUGUCGAGCGAAUGCGAAAUAUCCAGGGGAUUGUGCUGUCAGUUGCAGAGACGUCAUCGGCAAACUCCGAGAAAGGUUUGUUCCUACUUCAAAGAUCCUCUGGUCUGUAUUGGCCCAGUAGCAACGGACCAAAUCAAAAACACAGUGGAACAUACCGCCGGGGAGAAGCGAAUCACCGGUUUGGCUUUCAAGAGACCCAUGAUGCACUAAAUAAUUAAAAUAAAUAUUUAAAAAAAAAAAAUAGUUUAGAAGAGAAAUACUAAUUUUCAAACAAAAACUCUCUACAUGUAAUAAUCAUUAUUAUGAAUGUUAAUAAUCUUCUUAUCGGUGUUUCAAAGGAAAAUUUGUUGCAGAUUGUUUUAUUCACCCACGUUUACCUAAAAAAAAGGUGGCUAGAACGUUGGUGAACCAAACACCAAAUAGAUUAAUAUGAACUGGAGGACGAUAUAUUUUUUUUCUCAGAUCCUGAGAUGUUUGCAACAAAUUUAAUUAUUAAUUAUGAUGGAGGUCAUAUUUAAUGACAUGUAAAAAUUGAUAAAUAAUAUUUUAUCAAAAAUCUAUGUUUUAAAACUAAAUAAUAUAUUAACAUAAGAUACAUAAGAAACCAUUGAAAAAAUGGCUGAGGCACUUAUCCUAUAAUAUAAAAUAUUAGUAUAUAUUAAUUAAGCUAGAUUUUAAGAUUUUUUCUGGGCCUAUCAUAAAAUAUUAAAUAUAGGGAAAUAUCUUACAUAUCUUAAAUUUAGGAUGCAGAAUACAUUAGGCGACUAUUUACAGAUCUCGGGAUUUUACUAUUUUUUGUCAAAAGGCUGGGAAAUUGUUUAUAAGGUAAUUAAUUUACUCGCGUAUAUUCUGGAUUUAGAUUUUUUUAUUCCAUAAAAAGUAUUUAGCUAACUUAUUUUCAGCAAUCAAGAUCGAUCCAUCAAGUCUAUACUUGAAAUUUGAGUAGCUAGUUUGCAUUGACAAUUUGAGUAUGAGUACCUACUAUGUAUAGUGUAUAGACUUGUAUUUCCAUGUCAGUCAUAAUUAAUCCAGGAUAUAGGUUGAUAUUUUAUAAACAAAUAUUCCUCAAUUUGGACUUGAAAAAAUAUACCGUCUUACUGUGAUGUCAAAAACCAAUGAGUUUAGCUACAAUGGAAAAAGACACUCAUAUUCCAUAAAAGUUUGUUUUGAACUUGAUUUUAUAGCUUAACUAUAUCUAUGUAAAAGGAAAUAACAACUUCAUUACUAUUAUUUAAUUCACUAUAAGAUCAGCCCAGAUUUAUAAAAGUUAUUUCCCACUUUAUAUGUGAAUUUAAUAACAGUAAUAUACUUUGGAAUAUGAAGUUCUUCAAACGGAAAGAAGGGCAUAAAUAGGUAGAUAGAUCUAUGCUAUAACUUCCUUUGUUUUAUAUUUUCAAAAGAAGGAAGUUUUUAAACUUGAUACAUAUCAUACGACACAUAUCAUUAAAUGUUAAUUAAUUAUUAUUAAUUAUCGAGUUAAAACUAAUAUAAUAUAUAUUUCAAUCUAUUGAUGUUAUAUUAUUGUAAACAUGUUAUUUCAAUAAAUGUCUACAAGCAAAGUACCUAAUAUCACCAAUUUUGUUUAAUUAUCUUCCUUGGCUAAAUCAAAUAUUAUGUACUGAGAAAAUAACUGCACUAAUCAUAUUUGAAUUAAAAACAUCUUCACUUCGCGAUACAAUUAUCUGGGUUCUUGAAAGCUUUAAACCUGGUUUCCUUAUUGCGAUAAGAGGCACUUUAAUAACGAAGCAACUCACAACUUCAAAUUGUUUACCAUGGUAAUGGUUAUCUGAAACUUUGCCCUUAAAUCUACAAUACCUAACAAGCAAAUUGAAAGUUUCCUUAAAUAAAUUCUACUUUUCCCAUAUUUGUAUCGGUUAAAGGUUCACCAGAUUGUCAAGAUCUGGCAGACAGUUCAACAACUGCCUUAUUUUAUAUUAGCAAAGAAUAUUAUAGACUAACGUCUCUAGAAGAACCGUCCGGCGGCGAAAAUAUAAACCUGCGUGAUGGCGCUAGUGUCCUAGUAAAAUCAGUCGUUUCUGCGAUUAAAUUAAUUUAAAACACUAAAUGCACGCGUAUUUGCUAGGCUGCGUUGCCAAGUUGUCUUUUGUAUAACAAAUUAAAUGCCUGUGUUUUAUAUAGGUACUUUUUAUGCAUAUACCUACUAUAGAAUAGGAAUAUUAUUAUAAUUUAAAAAAAAAAUAAUAAAUAGGUAAAUAGUUAUGUAUUUUUGUGGGUAGUAAUUUUCUGUUACUAAUAAAUAGAGGAAUAAAGCACAA